AUGGCAUCUUCCGCUACUGAUUUGUCCAAGGGCAGUGGAUAUUCCGCGGUGCAAAUCGCUACGGCAACUCGAGAGGUGCUCUCAAUAUUCCGAGACCAUGAGGCUCUCCACCCACUCUACACAAUCGCUAUCGAGGGUGCCAUCGGACCCCGAAAAUUCGUGAAUGCAUUCAGGCGACUGCUGAAAGCGUUUGCUGAUAGACUCAAAGACGAGGCACAAGAUCGCUUGGAUGUUCUUGCUGCUCGUCUAGUGGCGUUAAAGGCACGAGAGAUUUCGGAAGCAAUACUGGAGAGAUACGAGCUAGGCAAAGCACCGGAGUUGGAUGCACCAGAGGAAAGAGAAAGUGCUUUCACAUUACCCGACGACUCGUCGGAUGAAGAUGAGCACGGAGAGACCAACGUGGAUGAGACUAUUUUUGAAGAGCUCACGAACAUCCGCGAGUUUCUGAUCCAGAGUGCAGCAUUCAAGUUGCUUCAGGCGGACCUGCAAGACUAUCUAUUGUCGAAAAGGCGGUCGAAAAAGCCGUCAAUCGUGCGACAGGCCGACUUGGACCAAGAGGAAAAAACGAACGGGAUCAACGGACUCCAGAAACCGGACUCACGAACUGAUGCGCAUGCACGAUCAACGGAGUCCGCCAUCGAGAACGACUGCUUUGAGAUGCUCCGUCAUGACCGACCGCUAUUUGAAUUAUACCUAUACGCCUUUCGUAUUCUAGGAAUAGAUCGCUUUGUCGACGAUUUCUCCGAUUUGCUACGCCACCAUUACAGCAAUGAUCACGCGCCUCUCGAUCGCGAAGUGGAUGGUAGUAUAGAAGGUAGCAUUGACGAACAGCUAAUUACCACAUGGCAGCCCAUCGCUUCUGCUAUCGCACUGCGUCUGGAGGCUAACUUAGCAUUCGAGAAGGACGACAAAUGCGGCACGGAAACAGAUACAAGCUUCCUCCUGGAAUUGCUGUCCAGAGAAGGAGAUGACCUCAAAUGUCCUGCACCCUACGAUAAUCUCAAUCGAGACCUUGCACUCUUGAUUUGUCGCGACCCAUUGCGGCAACUUCUUUCAAGUGUACCAAAACGCGCGAUCGACUUGUCGGAGAGGAACGAUACAUCAUUAUCCAACAAAACCAAGGCUUUCCUUGAGGAUUACACCAUGGCGGAAUGGGAUUGGUGGCCAUUAGCUCCUCGCGUACCUGAUAUUGCGUAUGGAGAAUGCCGUCUCCAUUGGAAGAUUACGGGUCAGCCAACCCCUGUUCCACCGAAUACUAUCCCAAACCUAUCCUUACGCGUCCUUUUCGGCAUACAAGGCUCGCGAUGGUCUUUAGAAGUCGAGCAGAUCAACAUCACAGCUGCACUGAAUGACCCUGCCUUCUUCCGCGAGCUCAAAGCACGAUACAAGAAACACCGACAUUGGAUCAAACGAUUCAUCUCUCCAUUUCGCUUCCGAUUCUGCAGAUUUGUCAAGCUAGAAAAGUUCGACGCCGGACGCGUGCUGUCCCAAGGCGACGACCUCCCCGACUACCCUGGCGUCAAAGACGACUACGAAUACGACCCAAGACCAGGCACGAUCCCUAUGAUAUCCCCCAAAACAUUCGCAAUGGCCCUGGCUCAACCCAUGGCAUGA